UUGGUGAACGCGUCUGCGGGCAUCGGGGAACGGAAGCGCAAGGCCGAUGCGAUGCUGCAAUCCGAUGCCGCUCCGGACGCGAAGCGGCCGACGUUUUCGAUGGGUCAGGCUGCCGGUCGGGCAACGACACUGCAACAGGCAACAUCAGCGCGGACUGCCCCCACUCAGUUGCAGCCUGUCAGCGAAAUAGCACCUGCCGUGGAGGAACUUUGGGAGGAUAUCAUCGGCCGGACGGGCCAAACUGCUGACGACGUUCUGAAUAAAAAAAUGUCGUUCCCGAAAAACACUAAGCCAGAACGCAAGGUGGAGGCAUUCGUCCCGGUGGUCAAGGAGCUCAAGGCCUUGGGCCGGUACCUGACCCUCGCCAACCAACGCUUAGAAAUGGAUGUUGAGCAAUGGAAGGUCCAUAGCGCGCAGCUGUCUCAGCAGUUGGAGGAAAAUGAACGCCAGUGGAAUAUAAAGCAGCAGGAGGUCGAUAAGAAGAUGCAGGAGAUCGGCGAGCUCCUUGAGCUACAGGUCCAAGAAACCAAUAAGCUACAAGAGCAGCUUGCGGAGAAGGGAGCCAUGGUCGUAGCCAAAGAGGCCGCUUGUUCGGCCCUCCAGCUUGAACUGGACGGCGUCAACGCGGAAUUAGCACGUACCAAUAAGAACCUGGAGGAGGCGAACAUGAAGAUUCAAAAGAUGGAGGAGAGCGCGCUUAACAACCAGCAGUACAUGGCCACGUUGCACACGUACAACACCAGCCUUCAGGCAGAUGUCAGGGCCGAGCAAGCUCGGUGUGAAGAAUUGCAGCGCACCAAGGAUGAGCUGGCGGGGCACUUGGCGGAGCUUGGCGGCAAAAUGCGCAGUCUUGAACAGAUGCUGGCGUACGAGCGAGAGCAACUCACGAAGCUGCGCGAGGAGCGCGAGGUCAGUGCACGCGAUACCGCCGUGCUGCGUGCAGACCUCGAGGACAUGCGGCUGCAACGCGAGCGCGCCUUGACGGAUGCCAGCAAAGCCAAGGAGGACCUUGAGCGGCUUCGUGCGGCUGGUGGAAAGAGCUUGGAGGCCCUGGAGACGCUGAACAACGAUAAGGCCACCAUGGAGGCCCAAUUGUCUAUGCAGCGCAAGUUAAUCGCCUCGAUGAGCGAGGAAUUGGCUGGCGCAAAGGAGGGCCGUGCCAUGGCAGAAGCAUUGGCAGAGACCCGUGCUGUCCAGCUUGCUGAGAACAAGGCAAGUAUUAAAGCGGAAAUCGAGAACCUCCAAGCGUCAUUAAUGGACGCAGAGCGCCGCAAUUAUGAGGGCGAGCUUAUUCGCCGAAAGCUCCAUAACAUCAUCCAGGAUUUGAAGGGCAACAUCAGGGUUUAUUGCCGGGUGCGGCCCGUGAGCUCUGCGGAGGCAUCUGACAAAGCCCAUGACUCGGGCAUGGCCCUGGACUUCCCUACGGAUGGCGACCUCCUUGGCCGCGGACUGAGCGUCGCCGUGACUAGCGGGCAGUCGACGCAGAAGCACACAUUUGCCUUCGAUCGGGUCUUCAGCCCCGGCACGACGCAAGAAAACGUCUUUGAUGAGCUUUCCGAGCUUGUGCAGAGUGCGCUGGAUGGCCACAAGGUCUGCAUCUUCGCUUAUGGGCAGACCGGGAGCGGUAAGACGUUCACGAUGCUUGGCAGCCGCGAUCACCCCGGCGUAAUCCCACGAGCCAUGCAACAAAUCUUCCAGAGUGGCCAGAAGCUUGCGGCUCAGGAUUGGCAGUUCAAAAUGCAGGCGAGCAUGCUUGAGAUCUAUAACGAGGAGAUCCGCGACCUGCUGGUGCGCCGUAAGGAGGACAAGAAGCAUCAGGUCAGCCACGACACCAACGGCGUAACUACCGUGAGCGAUCUCACGGUGGUGGACGUGAACAAGCCGGAAGCAGUGGAGCAGCUACUUGCCCAGGCAAUGGAGAAGCGGUCGGUUGGCUGUACAGCGCUCAACGAGCAGUCUUCGCGGAGUCACAUGGUCUUUAUGAUGCGCAUCGAGGGGCACAACACCAUCACAGACGCAAAAGUCUCAGGCGUGCUCAACCUCAUUGACCUGGCUGGCUCGGAGCGAGUCAAGGAGAGCGGAGCCGUCGGCCAACGGCUGGAGGAGGCGAAGGCGAUCAACAAGAGCUUGAGCGCUCUGGGCGACGUGAUCGCGGCCCUCGCGAACAAGCAGGAGCACGUUCCGUUCCGCAAUUCGAAGCUCACUUAUCUUCUCCAGCCAUGCCUGGGCGGCGAGUCGAAGACCCUGAUGUUCCUCAACGUCGCGCCAACGCGCGAGUUCGCCAACGAGUCCCUUUGUUCCUUGCGCUUCGGUUCAAAGGUCAACGCCUGUGAGAUCAAUGUGCCAAAGAAGAAGAACGUGAUGGCUUGUGCCCAAUCUUUGGUCUCUUUUGCUGUAUACCUGCAAGAUGUUUCUUUCUCCGUACCACAAGCGCAGCACAAAGUAACGACUAAGAUGCUGGCUGCCUACAGCCAAGGUUUUGUUGGAGAAACAAACAAUGACGAUGUUCCUGACAUGAUGACUCGUACAGUCCGCAAAAUCGCUGAGGGCAUUCUGGAAGCUCCUAGAGACCUCAAGCUCCGAUCACGUUCGCUCUACUCACGACCUAAUAAUAACGGCCAAUAG